AUGAUUUCCUACUAUAGAAAGUUUAUUGGAGGUAUAACAAGGACUCAGCUUGAGACCUUCAAGUUUGGCUUCUACCUCUUGACUCCAAUUCUUGUCAUGUACUACGUUGGUAUUGACACCGACCAGAAAUUCAAUUUGCCAGGGUUCUGGCCCGAUCCAGCUACUUUGAAUCAAAUCCCAAAGGAGCCACAUGAGAUCCAGGCUGAAGUGGCCAGAAUCAGAAGGGCCAGAGCCGAAAAGAGAGCCAGAUUGGAAGCUAAAGCUGCUGAACUUGGUAUCACUGAAGAUGAUGUUUGA